AUGGCCUCUACAAACUACUCGAAAACUAUUUGCUUAGCGACUGAUUCCGAGUCAUCGAGGAUGGAUUCCUGCAUACAAGUAAUUACUGCUGCGCUAGCUCGGCAACCUGUUUUACGUCGAUUAUCAUCGCCAAAACGCAGGCAGUUUGCGUUUGAUCUGGCUUUCAUCGCGCUGGGUUGUCGAACUGCUUGGCUUGUUGACGUUGUUACUGUCGUCAAUCAGGAGCAGGUCUUUGAGGAGUUGUUGAGCAGUCUGCGCGCGGUAUCAGCAGAGUUUACGCGUAUAAAACACAUCUUCGAGUCGACCUCGUCCCAAUCGUUCUUCGUUAAUCUCGACCAACUCGAGAUGCAGAAUCUAAAAGAUAUUCGGUUCAUUUUCCUUGGAGAAACACCACAACGUGUCGCAGAGCCACCUGUCGAUGUUCAGUCUGCCUUGCUACAUCUAAAAGCAACAUCUUCUUUUCCGGGUGACUUGGGCCCUCUUACUAGCAUUCCGUUGGCUGCACUUUUACUGGGCUAUCCUGUCGCAUACAUCGUCGCUGACACGACUUCUGUUUUCCUGUCACAUACUCCAUUGGAUGUCUACUUAUGCUCCAUCUCUUCUCCAAAGUGGGCCGAUCCGCAUACCAUGAUCAAGUUCUCUUGCCCCGCUGGGCUUUCCGAACAGCUUUCGCCGUUGCAGGUCACUGCGCAGCUCAAAAACCGCUUUCAACAACGCAUUACGGAUCUGGGUCUAGAACUCUCUGUCUUGCACCACGUCGAGACAUUGGACAGAGUCGCCUUAUGA